CGCCGCGCAUAGAACGAGCGGAGCCGAGUUCCAGCCGGAGGUUCGCUGCUGCCGCUGGAGUUGCUGCCCGCCGGAGCCCCGGAUCGGGGCCUGGAGCCAUGGCCGAGCACAUGAUGAUGUCCAUGAGCCACGGUGGCAGCGGGCUGCAGGGUUACCGCAUGGGGGUGAGCGGGCUGCAGGGACCCCCGCAGCAUGGGCAGCACGUGCUGAGGACACUGCCUGCCGCCGGUCAGAUGAUGCCCUAUGGAGGGGCCACCAUGGAUGGUGCGAUGAGGCCAAGACCCAACCUCAACGGACAGAUGAGCCACCACCAGAUGCAGAGUGCGAUGAUGUUCAACAGCCCCAGCCAGCAGCAGCAGCAAUACAUGGGGCCGGUGGGCACCCAGCAGCUGAUGGCCAGCAUGCACCUACAAAAACUCAACACCCAGUACCAGGGUCAUCCCCUGGGUAUGAGCAAUGGGCCCAUGGGAGCUGGUGCCCAGCAGUACAGAGUGGGGCCAAGCCAGCACCCAGGCAUGCAGCACAUGCCCUCACCAGCGCUGACCUUGAACGUUAUGGACACUGAUCUCAUAGAUGAGGAGGUCUUGACAUCCCUUGUCCUGGAACUGGGGUUGGACCGGAUUCAGGAGCUGCCAGAGCUAUUCUUGGGACAGAACGAGUUUGACUUCAUUUCAGACUUUGUUAGCAAACAGCAACCCAGUGCCAUCAGCUGUUGAGGAGCUUUGAGCUCCUCCUUGUGUCUUGGUGGUUUUGAGUUUGUUUCUAACUUCCUUCUCCACCUGCCAUCCUCCUCCUUUCCCCUGCCUUGCCCUGCCCUGGAUUCCUGACCUCCCCAAAGAGACAAUCAUCGGACACUGGCUUGCAAUGGAUUGCUUUUUGUUUUUUUUUCCUUCUGUGUGGUUUUUUCCUGUGUGGGAGUUCCUGGGGAGGGAGAGUGCAUCCCAAACAGAGCAGAUCAAGAGCUCUUGCUGUAGAGCUGCCUCCAAAUGGCAUUAACGGGAUUUCUGGCUUAAGUAGAAAUAAUGGACUUACGACUUUCCGCACCUCUGCUUUGGGUGCAGGCAGCGAUGGGCAGCCCCACUGGGAGCUGGAUUUGCUCAAGGAUUCUGUGGUGCCAGUGAAGUUAAAGGAUCCCCUGAGAGAGGAUUGUCUCCGUGGUGCAUGGUUUGAACCAGUUUCCCCUUGCAGACAGGGGUGGGGUUAGAUAUUUGUUGGGACUUUCUACUGUGACAGUAAAUAGGUCUUCAGUCCCGUGUGUCCAGCUCGGAAAGGGGGCACUUCCCCUGCAGCAGGCUUUUCUCUAACUGGCUGAGCAGAAUAAAGGAUGCCUUGGGGAAGGGUGUGCAUACGUGCCUAAAUGUUCAUCUCUGGAACUUCAGCUCUCUGACCUGUACAGCCAAUCAGCUGUAAAAUAUACCAAGUGUUUGAGGUUGAUUCAGGCAUAAAGGCUUAAAGCUGCAGUCUGGCUCCACUUUUUUCCACCUCUGAAACCAAAUAAAGACCACGAAGCUGUA